AUGCCUGCACUCUUCUAUCAGAAAUAUUGGGGCAUUGUGGGUCAGGGUGUUAGUGAUUUGUGUCUGAGAGUUUUAAAUGGUAGCGAUGGUGUUAACGAAUUCAACCAUACUUUGGUGGCUUUGAUUCCGAAAGUUCAUUCUCCCACCCGUGUUUCUGAAUAUCGUCCUAUCAGUUUAUGCAAUGUCCUCUACAAGAUUAUCUCCAAAACUCUUGCCAAUAGACUGAAGAAGGUGUUACCUGAGGGGCGCCCAUUUGGGCGAAUUAUUCCCUCUCGAGGCUUACGGCAAGGGGAUCCCAUAUCACCGUAUCUUUUCCUUAUUGUGGCUGAAGCCUUCUCCACUCUCCUCCAACAGGCUGAGAGGGAUUCUAGAUUACAUGGUGUCUCCAUUGCCCCUUUUGCUCCUUCUAUUAACCAUCUCUUUUUUGCUGAUGACAGCCUUCUGUUUUGUAAUGCUGGGACAACUGAGGCUCUAGUGCUAAAACGUAUUUUUGGAGUGUAUAAGGCGGCUUCUGGACAAAAGGUCAACCUUGGAAAAUCCGCUCUUUGCUUUAGCCCUUCCACCCCAAGGGUGUUGCAGGACGAUAUUCGUCAGCUGUUGAACGUGACUCUUGUCCCUUGUCAUGAGCGGUAUUUGGGCCUCCCUACCGUUGUCGGUAAGGAUAAGAAAAAAUUGUUCCGUACAGUUAAGGAUCGAGUUUGGAAUAAAGUUAAUGGUUGGCAAGGCAAGCUUUUGUCUAAGGCCGGGAAAGAAGUGCUCAUCAAAUCAAUAUGUCAGGCAAUUCCAUCAUAUUCUAUGAGUGUGUUUUGUUUGCCUAUCGGGUUAUGUCGCGAGAUUGAGAGCAUCAUUGCCAAAUUCUGGUGGUCUAAAAAUGAUGGUAGAGGUAUUCACUGGAAAAUGUGGAGAUUCAUGUGCCAACACAAGUCUGAUGGGGGGCUAGGUUUUAGGGAAUUGACAAGCUUUAAUCAAGCUCUUCUAUGUAAACAAGGAUGGCGGCUGCUGGAAUUCCCUCACUCACUGAUUGCCCAGAUGCUUAAGGCUCGUUAUUUUCCACAAUCUGAUUUUUUGGCAGCUUCGAGUGGGUCACUUCCAUCGUUUACUUGGCAGUCGUUACUAUGGGGGCGGGAUCUGCUCCGGUUGGGCCUAAGGUGGCGCAUUGGUGAUGGCCGGUUGGUUAAUAUCUAUGGUGACCCAUGGGUGCCUUAUGAUCGUUUUUUCACUAUCCAGUCGAUACCUACUCUUCCAGCUACCUCCCGAGUUUGUGACCUUUUUACCGUGAGUGGCGGGUGGGAUGUUGAGAAGGUCUAUGCUACUUUCUCGUUUCCAGAAGCUGAAGCUAUUUUAUCUAUUCCCUUAAUGGGUGAUACUCUGGAUCGGAGAAUCUGGAACUUUACUAAAAAUGGAAGGUACUCGGUUAAGAAUGGGUACUGGGCUACUCUGGAAUACAAGAGGCUGGAGGAGCUGUCCGCAGGGAGCGUCGCUGGCCCUUCCUCCUCUUCUUUGAAGAGUUGGAAGCACCUAUGGAAGCUGAAAGUGCCACAAAAAAUCCUUCAUCUGUUAUGGCGUGUGUCUCAAGAUAUCCUCCCUUCCAAGGAGGUAUUAUUCCGGCGCCGGAUUACACAGGGGGAGGUCUGUUGUCGUUGUUUUGCUACGAGAGAAACUACGUUGCAUGCGUUGGUUGGAUGUGUUGUUUGUCUGCAAGUGUGGGAGGCUUUAGAUUUUCCCAGUGAUUUUCUUCUUCCUACUAUAGCUGACGUUGGAACCUGGAUGGAUGUAGCUUGGUCUAUUAUUCCCCCUGAUAAGCAGUCCCUCUUUGCAUUUACUGUGUGGGUGUUGUGGAACGAACGUAAUGGGGUGCUGUUUGGCUCUCAACCCACCCCUUCCGGAGUUUUGGUACAAUGA